AUGGCCGCUGAGGCAGAGGCCCUGCACUGGAGAAAAGUAGCAGGCCAGACGAGCUGCAGACGCCAUGGCACGGGGCCAACAGGCGGCUUCUGCAUGAGCCCCCACCGGCAGCAAGACAAGAGAUUGAUGAACUACUGCUUGCCCAAGACACUGGCGGCGUCCCUCGCAGGGCUCUUUGCAAACCAAUCGGUACUGGACCUCGGAUGUGGCUUGGGUCAGUACGGUCGAUACUUCAGGGCGUAUGCGCCAUCCGUUCGAUGGCAAGGCUUGGACGGGGCAGAAAAUGUGCAGGAGGCGACUGGUGGGUUGGUGCAGUUUGCUGACUUGUCAGAGGGGUUGCCGCGACAGCAUCAGCAGUGGUACGACUGGAAGCUCUCGAUUGAGGUCGCGGAGCACCUUCCACGCCACAUGGAGCCCACGUUUAUGUUCAACCUCGCUUCGAAGGUCAAGCACGGUGUUGUGAUCUCAUGGGCUCGCCUGGGCCAGCAUGGCAACGCGCACGUUAAUUGCCAAAGUGACGCAUACGUCCGAUGCGCCUUCCAGCUAUUCGGCUUGAGCGCUGACGAGACUCUCACACAGGCCUUGCGUGCGACCAUCGAUCCAAUAUGGCGCGGCGAGGUCACGCUGGCUAAGGGUUGCAUGUGGCUUGCACACACACUUAUGGCAUUCCGCGUCCGCAACGAAUCUAGGGUGGACUCGUGGAGGGCGCACAGCCCGCUGGCGCGUUAUCUGUCGCACCGAGCCCCACAUCACGUCGGGGUGUCACAGACGUUUGUCGACCACUAUUUGCAGGAAACGGCGAUUCUAUGCCCUCUGGUCAACAGCAGCAACCGAUGCGACCCAAAGGGCGGGGGAGGCGUGCUCGACCAGGCGCUAACGCUCGGUGCUUUGGAGGAGUGCCCCACAGCUCUACGCGCCCUGGCGACGACCUACCUCUUCGUCGCCUCCUUCCUCAUCAUCCGCGGGAUCUACUUCCCGGUGGUGACCCUCUUCUUCUUGCUGCCAGACAUGGCGCCGUCCGAUCUCUCUUCUAGCUCACUCGUGUACACCGUGCUCGGGGGCGUGCUUCGCCACUUCGUCGACGGCAAGAACCACUUUGAGGGCGAGGACAAGUACAAGGUGAGAUAA